ACAACACGAAGCACCCAGUCAGUCUUUUGCUUGCUCUUUCGGCGGGCAGAGUCCUCCAGAACCUCGCGCUGGGAACGACACGCGCUGAGCUGUCCACAGGAAGAACCGGACGCUGAUAUUUCAAGGGAGGCGGACGCUCGGGGCCCAAUCCAGGAGGAACCAUGAAGGCCCACUUGCUUCUUGUCAUCUUGGCGCUGUCUGGGUCCCUCGGGAUGGCCCAGACAAAUGAGUGUGCAAGCAGAGGAGGUGCCUGCAAAGCCAGCGCUAAGAAGGACUGCGUCAUACUCCAAGGGAAGUGUGAGAACGACCAAGUCUGCUGCCAAAAAGACAAUAGACUGCAGAAGAGAAAGUGUCGACCGAAGAGACCCUGCACCAAAGAAGGGGGCGAAUGUAUACCAAUGGAGGAAUCUUGUUUGAAGAUCACCAGCGAUGGCCUCUGCAAGGGUGCAAGUUGCAAAUGCUGUUUAGGGAAUAAUCCUUCUUGCACCACCACUCCGGGGUGUCACCUCCAGGGAGGGUUCUGCUUCAAGAAUUCUGGAAAUGAUUUGUGCGCAGAUGGCACCAUCCUCAGCGAUGAAUGUGAGGGAGCCAAUUGCGCCUGUUGUAUUCCCAAGACAGGUUCUUGCGAGUGUGGCGUGGCAAAUGACGUCCGUAUCAUAGGAGGUGAAGAGAUAUCUCCUCCGAAUAAAUAUCCUUGGCUCGUUGGUUUGCUUCAGUCUGAAACAGUUGAGGAUGGGUUUUCCUGUGGCGGAUCUAUCAUCAGCCCGAACUACGUGCUAACUGCUGCACACUGUCUAUUUGAUGAAGACGAUCUGGCCGUACCAGCAGAGGAACUUCAAGUAGGAAUUGCUAACCACAAUUUCAAUUCUGAAGAUGACGACAUACCGGGCGUCACUCAGGUUGUGGAUGUGGAAAGUUACAUCACCCAUGAGGAUUACAUUCACGGGGAGCUUUCUGAUUUCAAUAAUGACAUCGCUCUCAUACUUUUGAAGGAGACAUUGGAUCUGACAUCAUACCCACAAGUUCGACCAGUGUGUCUUCCUUCUGACCCGAACACGAAGUAUGAGGGACAGACUGGGAUCAUGGUAGGCUGGGGAGACACAAAGAACGGGAAAGGGGCAUAUCCCGAUGCUGCCAGGGAGGUCAACUUACCCAUCAAGGACUGUAAGCGUAAAUUAGGUGGUGUUCUAAUCACCCCCCAAAUGAUGUGUGCAGGGAAGAAGAAGUCAAAAACAAGGGCGCAAAGGAAAAUGGGAAACUUUUCUAGUGAAUGGUUAUUAAAAAGUUUAGCAUUGCAGUUGAUGUGUAGCAACCAUGACCUGCAACCUGUAGUUGUGCACAGUUGCCCAGGUUGGGUUCACAGGAUUGAAGCAGAAGUCGCGAUGGCCGAUUUAGACACUUUCACCACUAUGACUGGGUCAAAAGCCCAAUUUCCUCCAGAGCAGCUGUCAUAUUUGCCCAUGAGCACCAGGCAGUCUUCACUACAGCGUGCACAGCGUAUCAGCUCUUACCGCCCCUGCAGCAGUAACAAACAACCUAUAGAAGAACGUUUGCUUCGAGGUCUGCAGGGCACCACUCUGCUUUGCAGGGAAAACCUCUUUCAACCCUCGAGAAUUAUUGGUCUAGUUAGAUCCAUGAUGAUAUUGACUUUACAUAACAUUGAUAUUUUUUGUCAGAAGGCCUUGGAAUCAACCUCUAUGAGCCGCUUUACAUUGAAAGUGGAUAAACGCGACACGCCCACAAUUAUUUCCGUGUUCCCUCCCCAGAUGGACGAGUGUACCAGGAAGGGAGGAAUCUGCAGAGCUAAGGCUUUGAGUGGGUGCGAGAAGCAAAGGGGAAAGUGUGACGAUGGAGGCGUCUGCUGCAAGAAACACCAUUCGUCCACAAGGAGAUUGUGUCGACAGAGAAGCAGCUGCACCAAGCAAGGAGGCAGAUGCAUACAGCGGGAUGAAACUUGCUCCACAAUAUCCAGUGAUGACCUCUGCAAGGGUUUCAGUUGCAAAUGCUGUCUGGGGAACAAUCCUUCUUGCGCCAUCACUCCAAGCUGCCAUCUCCAGGGAGGAUUCUGCUUCAAGAAAUCUGGAAAGGAUUCAUGCGCAGACGGCACCGUGAUAAAAAACGGGUGUCUUGGUAAAAGAUGCGCUUGUUGCAUUCCAAAGAAAGACAAGUGUCGCUGCGGAGUGAGCAACGGCGACCGCAUCAUCGGAGGGACGGAGGUGUCCCCACCCUUCAGAUAUCCCUGGCUCGUCGCCAUCUACGAUAUUGAGAAUCUGAAGGAGCCCUUCUGCGGCGGGAGCAUCAUCAACACCCGCUACGUCGUCACGGCCGCGCACUGUAUGUUUACGCGGGAGAACGAACCCAUCCCCGCAUCCAAGUUUCGAGUGAAAGUCGCCGAGCACGACGUGGCUUCUGAGGACGACGACGUCGAAGGAGUCACGCGGAUGCUGGCCCUGGAGAGCUACGUCUUCCAUGAAGGCUACACAGAGAACUACUUCAACCUGGACAUCGCCCUCCUGCGUCUGGAGGAGGCCCUGGACCUCACGUCGCACCCGGAGGUCCGACCCGUGUGCCUACCUUCGGACCCGACGAAGGUCUACGAAGGACAGACCGGGAAAGUCGUCGGCUGGGGAGACACGACCAAUGGCGACAAGAAGUACCCCGACAUCGUUCGGGAAGUCGACUUACCCAUCGUCGAGUGUGGGCGCAAGGAGAUAGCCGGUGUUUUGAUCACACCUUUCAUGCUGUGCGCAGGUUUUAAGAAAGGCGGGAAGGACAGUUGUUCUGGCGACUCGGGAGGCCCUCUGACGGUGGAAGAAGACGGGAGGUUCACCUUGGUGGGGAUCGUCUCUUUCGGCGAGGAGUGCGCCAAACGGAAUGUUCCAGGCGUCUACACGCGCAUCACUGAGCUUUUGGAAUGGAUUAGCAGCAAUACUGCUGAAGUAUCUUACUGUCAAUAGAUUUUAAGUGAGGGGUUUAUUGUUAUGAGUUGUAGAACUGUUAUACACACAUAUAUGUGUGUGAAGUCUGCCCUCCUUUGAUAUAAGCUG